GCAGGCCUCAAUUCAAUAGAGCAUGGUUGACUGAGUCCAUCACAGUCUUGCCUGCUUGGUUAGUAUUGUAGUCCAUAGGAUUCACAGCUGGGCAAGACCACUGCCAUCCUACUCGGCCUACCCAGCCUGCGUAGCACCUUUCAGCACUGUGAAAGCUAGUCAGAGGAUGUGUCCAUCCCAGCUCUAGCUUCGUUUCUUGGUUUCUCUGUAUCUUACAGCUAAGGAAUGUGGUGUCUUAAGUAAUAGAAUCUCAUCAUCUAGUUCUGGUGGGCAACCAAGAGGACUGGCAAGAGUCUGGACUGUCUCGGGGGCAUUUGGAAGCUCCCUGCCUAACAAUUCUUAAGGAGGUAUUCCUACAUCUGGCACUGGGAUUUUUGUUUAAUAACCAUGACUUCCAGGGGUAGCAUUAUUUAGUCAAGUAGGAUAUCUCCCUUACAAGCUAAUUUUCUUUUAACUUAUAUUUCUAAAUUGGCUUAUGAAAUAGUAUAUAUUUGACUGGAAAAAUGGCUUAGCAGGUAAAGGUGCUUGCUGCCAAGCCUGAUGACCUGAAUUCGAUUCCUGGAACCUACACGGUGGACAGAGAGAACCAAUUCCUGUGUUGUCCUUGUACCUUUACAUGUGAACUGUGGUAUUUGUGUGUAACAAGAGUGGACAACUUUGCCUUGCUCCUGAUUUUAGUGGGAUAGCUUCAAACUUUUCUCCAUUUAGCCUGGCGUUGACAAUGGGCAUGCCGUUUACAGCAUUUGAAAUUAUGUUGUUUUAAGUCAUUAGUUAAAGUUGUCUUUAAAAAUGAGGCUACAAAUUGUAAAAUUAUUUUUGUAACAGUUUUAAAUGCAAGUUAAAGCUGGAAAAUAAUCACUUGUAUGUUCUUCCCUUUAAACAUAGUUAAAAUUGUGGUAUAAAGCCCACAAUUUAUAGAUAUAAGCAUCUGUAAUUCAGUAUAAUUUAUAGACAUAAACAUCAAAAUCAGAUUGGACUAAAAAUCUUAGAGCAAUGUAAUAUAGUCAUAUGUCAUUAUUGCACUGUCCUAAUAUAUAUGUAUAUAUAUGUACUCAAGAUUAUAAUAUUUAAUGCUUGUGAUUGUAAGAAAUUAAAUAGUAGUUAUAAUUAGUAUAGUUAAUAUCUCCUUGUCUAAGCACAAAAGGUAUAUGAAAAUGAGAUUGGGGGGGGGCUAAAGAGAUUGGUCAGCAGUUAAAAGUGUGUACUGCUCUUCCAGAGGACCUGAAUUCAGUUCUCUUCACCCAUAGUGGGUGGCUCACAACUGUCUAUAAUUCCAGUUGCAUAGGAUCUAACCGCCCCCUUUUGGCCUCUUGGAGUACACACAUGUGCCAUACAAUCACAGAGAUACAACAUAUAUAUGUAAAUAAAAAUAAAAUGUAUAAAAAUAAAAUUGAGUGAGAUAAUGUUCCAUUACCAAAAUGAAGCAUAUAGAUAAAUGAAUUGUGGAUAAAGUUUCAGAAUGUAAUAUUGUCAUAUUUUUAAUUGAUAAAAGAUGUUCGAUACUGUAAUGUGUUACUUUCUAAGUUACAUGUUUAGAAAUAGCCUUUUUAAUUUAUAAGAUUAUGUGUGUUUUCUCAAAUAUUGUAUCUUAUUCAUUCAAGUUAGACAGAAAUGCUACUUUGUAAAGUUUAAAAAAGUCUCAGAGUCUGUAUAUUAGGGUAAUCUUAAAGUUUUUGUUAGAUUCUAAUUUUAUAAUUUUGGAAAAGUCGUUAUUGUUUCUAUGGAUGCUUUUGUAGCUGGAGUUCUUUAAAAAUGCAGUUACAGUGGACAGAAGUCAUAUGGGUCUUUUAGCUCAUUGAGAUAUGUAUAUAGUCAAAUGAGAUUUUAAAAAAUCUUUAGUUUUAUUUUAAGGUUAUGUUGAAUAGAGUCUAAAGUUUGUUUUGCUUGUUUGCCAGGCACUUUGAAUUGCUGUCUUUUUACAGCAUGGACACCAGGUUGUUAACAACUUGCUUUGGGACUUCCAGUAACUUCAUUUUUGGGGAUUUUAUGACAGAUUUGCUAGUGGCUCCUUUUUGUGAGUUGAUGUUCUGAAGUUACUGUCACAAUGAGUUCAGGCCUAUGGAGUCAAGAGAAAGUUACUUCACCUUACUGGGAAGAACGAAUUUUUUAUCUGCUUCUUCAAGAAUGCAGUGUAACAGACAAACAGACACAGAAACUCCUAAAAGUACCCAAAGGAAGUAUAGGACAGUACAUCCAAGACCGUUCUGUGGGGCAUUCAAGAGUUCCUUCUGCAAAAGGCAAGAAAAAUCAGAUUGGAUUAAAAAUCUUAGAGCAACCGCACGCAGUUCUAUUUGUUGAUGAAAAGGAUGUUGUAGAAAUCACUGAGAAAUUUACAGAGUUACUGUUGGCAAUUACCAACUGUGAGGAGAGGCUCAGCCUAUUUAGAAACAGAAUUCGACUAAGUAAAGGCCUCCAGGUAGACGUGGGCAGCCCUGUGAAAGUACAGCUGCGAUCUGGGGAAGAGAAAUUUCCAGGAGUUGUACGCUUCAGAGGACCUUUAUUAGCGGAGAGGCCAGUUUCGGGGAUUUUCUUUGGAGUAGAAUUGCUGGAAGAAGGUCGUGGCCAAGGUUUCACUGAUGGGGUAUAUCAAGGGAAACAGCUUUUUCAGUGUGAUGAAGACUGUGGUGUGUUUGUGGCGAUGGACAAGCUGGAGCCCAUAGAAGACUAUAACAAUGGAUUGGAAAGUGAUUUUGCAGCCCCGAGGGAUACAAUGCAGGCUGAACCUCCACCUUUGGAAAUAAACUCCAGAGUCUCUCUAAAGGUUGGAGAAAGUGUAGAAUCUGGAACAGUAAUAUUCUGUGAUGUUUUACCAGGAAAAGAGAGUCUAGGAUAUUUUGUUGGUGUGGACAUGGAUAACCCUAUUGGCAACUGGGAUGGAAGGUUUGAUGGAGUACAACUGUGUAGUUUUGCAAGUGUUGAAAGUACAAUUCUUCUGCACAUCAAUGAUAUCAUUCCAGCUUUAUCAGAGAGCAUGACACCGGAAAGGAGGCCUCCCAAACUUGCCUUUAUGUCAAGAGGUGUUGGUGACAAAGGUUCAUCUAGUCAUAAUAAACCAAAGGUUACAGGAUCUACCUCAGACCCUGGAAGUAGAAACAGAUCUGAAUUAUUUUAUACCUUAAAUGGGUCAUCUGUUGACUCACAACAACAAUCCAAAUCUAAAAAUCCAUGGUACAUUGAUGAAGUUGCAGAAGAUCCUGCAAAGUCACUUACAGAGCUGUCUCCAGACUUUGGACAUUCAUCACCUCCACCACAACCUCCUUCCGUGAACUCCUUAUCCAGCGAGAACAGAUUUCACUCUCUACCGUUCAGCCUGACGAAGAUGCCCAAUACUAACGGCAGCAUUGCUCACAGCUCACUGUCACUAUCAGUGCAGUCUGUGAUGGGUGAGCUGAACAGCACACCUGUCCAGGAGAGUCCACCUUUGCCCAUCUCUUCUGGUAAUGCAUACGGCCUAGAGGUGGGCUCACUGGCUGAAGUGAAAGAGAAUCCCCCGUUCUAUGGGGUUAUCCGUUGGAUUGGCCAGCCGCCUGGGCUCAGUGAUGUGCUAGCUGGACUGGAACUGGAAGACGAAUGUGCAGGCUGUACAGACGGCACGUUCAGGGGCACGCGCUACUUCACCUGCGCCCUGAAGAAGGCCCUGUUCGUGAAACUGAAGAGCUGCAGACCCGACUCUAGGUUUGCGUCCUUGCAGCCUGUUUCUAAUCAGAUUGAAAGGUGUAAUUCUUUAGCAUUUGGAGGCUACUUAAGUGAAGUAGUAGAAGAAAAUACUCCACCAAAGAUGGAAAAAGAAGGUUUUGAGAUAAUGAUUGGAAAGAAGAAAGGCAUCCAGGGCCAUUACAAUUCUUGUUACUUAGACUCAACUUUAUUCUGCUUAUUUGCUUUUAGUUCUGUCCUGGAUACUGUGUUGCUUAGACCUAAAGAAAAGAAUGAUGUGGAGUAUUAUAGUGAGACCCAAGAGCUACUAAGGACAGAAAUAGUUAAUCCUCUGAGAAUAUAUGGAUAUGUGUGUGCCACAAAAAUUAUGAAACUGAGGAAAAUACUUGAAAAAGUUGAGGCUGCAUCAGGAUUUACCUCUGAAGAAAAAGAUCCUGAAGAAUUUCUAAAUAUCCUGUUUCAUGAUAUUUUAAGGGUUGAACCAUUGUUAAAAAUAAGAUCAGCAGGUCAGGAAGUCCAAGACUGCAACUUCUAUCAGAUCUUUAUGGAAAAAAAUGAGAAAGUUGGAGUUCCUACAAUUCAGCAGUUACUCGAGUGGUCUUUUAUCAACAGCAACCUGAAAUUUGCAGAGGCACCAUCAUGCUUGAUUAUUCAAAUGCCUCGGUUUGGAAAAGACUUCAAAAUGUUUAAAAAAAUUUUUCCUUCUCUAGAAUUAAAUAUAACGGAUUUGCUUGAAGACACUCCCAGGGAGUGCCGCAUCUGUGGAGGACUUGCCAUGUUUGAGUGCCGAGAGUGCUAUGAAGACCCCGACAUCUCAGCGGGGAAGAUCAAGCAGUUCUGUAAGACCUGCUGCACUCAGGUUCACCUCCAUCCCAAGAGAAUGAAUCAUACAUAUCACCCAGUAUCACUUCCCAAAGACUUGCCUGACUGGGACUGGAGACACGGAUGCAUCCCCUGUCAGAAGAUGGAGUUAUUUGCUGUUCUCUGCAUAGAAACGAGCCACUAUGUUGCUUUUGUGAAGUAUGGGAAGGAUGAUUCAGCCUGGCUCUUCUUUGACAGCAUGGCUGAUCGAGAUGGGGAUCAGAAUGGUUUCAACAUUCCACAAGUGACUCCCUGCCCUGAAGUGGGAGAGUACUUGAAGAUGUCUCUGGAGGAACUGCACUCCUUGGAUUCCAGAAGGAUUCAAGGCUGUGCACGCAGACUUCUCUGUGAUGCGUACAUGUGCAUGUACCAGAGUCCAACCAUGAGCUUGUACAAAUAACAUGUCAUCUGAAAUAGGCAGAGGCCAAGCACAAAGCUUAACACCAUGUUUCUUCCAGCUGGCACCCAUUGCCGGCAAUGGGUGUCUUUUGUGUUGAUGGCCCUUCAGCAAAGGAUUCUUGUGUUUUUAAACAAAUUACUUUUGUGUUCUUGAAGUAUUUAAUAAGCAUUUUGCACUCUAUAUGUUUUGUUGGUUUUUUAAAAAGUUUAAAUGAAGUUUAGUUUAAAUGAAGUUAAGUUUAGUUUUCUUUAAGUUUGUUGAGUUUAUUGCAUUGAUAAUAUGAUAUUUUUGGAAACACACAAUUUUAAUUGUGACGUCUAAAAUCUCUUUUAGUCCAUUGAGGAUGUAAGUAAAUAUUUCUUCUUAUGGACCAAGGAUAUUAAACCAUUUUUCUUUUGUAGCUAUUGAUUGCCUUGAGGAAGAAAUAAUAUGGUUUUAUUGAGUCUGCCUUUAUUCCAGUUCUUGAAGGUGUGCUGAGUUUGUUAAUUUUUCCUAUAUAGUGCUGAUUUCCUGCAUGUCUGUAUUUUGCCAAGUUUCUGUGUUCCUGCAGCAGUGGUCAGAACAUGCUGAAAUUCCUUUCAUGGUGUUAUUUUCUAUUUGUUCUGGUUUUGAGAUAAAUGAGUAACUUUGUUAUAAAAUGUCUAUUUUUGGUGUCAUCUUGGAGGAUUAGGGUAAAGAACAAUUGGAACAUCUCAAUCAUAACAACUGUCACCAGGCAGAUUUCCUAUAGGAGCUCUUAAGUAUUUAUGGAGCAAGGCACGGUGACUUGUGUGACUUAUGUGACUUAUGUGACUGGAGUGGUAAUAGAUAAUGUAUUCUUAUACAGAGAAAAUAAAGCUGGCUUAGAGAUAUUACUAACAUUUUCCUGAAGAGAUCUAUUAGGUUUGAAGGCUUCAAAGACAACUUCUCUUUGUGUUACUGUGGGAUCAAACUGCUAUUGUCUGUAGCAGUCAUUCUAUUUAAGUGUGAGUAAGUGGGUAUUGACUCUGUGUUUAUCUGUGUUUACAUAUGAACUUAUAUAUUAAGGACAUUUGGUAUGUGUACCUCAGUACUCUAUUCCUAGAGGGAUUAGCAGUCUUUGGAAUGUGCAUAAAUCUUUGAGGGUAUUUGAUGGUACUUACUUGGAUAUUUCCUUCCACCCUAUUUCUAUAGAAAUAGAGGCUCUGGGAGCCAAAGAAAUAGACAAAAUUCUCAUGUUGAAGGGGAAAAAAUCACUGAAUUGAUUUCUCUCUACUACUUAAUAAUGUAAACAUUUAACUUCUGAGAAGAUUUUGCCUGCACCACCACACUACAGGUGACAGGUCUUUAUGUCAGAAGUAGGAUAUCCUUCUCAGAGUAGAUAGGUCAUGAGACCUCUGUUUAAAACAAGACUGCCCUCCUUGGGCUUGGUGAUUCUGGCACACCCCCCCAAUGCUUCAUCAGGGAGAUAGUUGUUUAGUUCCCUAAUGCAACUGGGAUAGGUGGAGAAGAAGAUGUAAUGGCAGAAACUGGUGAGCAGAAAGGGGCCGGAGGAGGCAGUGAGCCACCCAUCACAGCAGAGGGCAGGACUUGUGUGAAGGCAAACUUCUGUGGCUUUGGGCCUUGGCCCUCUUAUCAUAGAUGUCAAAGUGUGACUUACUGGCAAGGAAUUCGGCUCCUGGGUGGGCUUUUGUCGGCUGUCUCAUUGGGUGGGGGACUGGCUGGCGUUGUUGAGCAUCUAUGCUUUGUCUUAUUCUAGCACCUAAAGGAUUUCUCUUGGGUCCAAAUGUGGUGACCAGCUGAGCAGCAGAGAUGGCCAGGAGUAGUGAGCAGUGGGAAUAUUGGGGAUAAACCCUUGCUGGUGGGUGGCCUUAAAUGGCAUUACUUUAUACUCAGGAGUACCACAGGGUCCUGACCUCUCUCCUGGCACUGCUGACAGUUACGUCAUCAUAUUUUAGCUCUCAUUUUCUUCCUAACAAACUUGAGGGAGAAGGGCUAUGGAUGUAGGGAUUUUCCUUCCAGGCACCAUAGGCCUCUGCACAGUUCUCUUGUGCUUUUAAAUACUGUUGAUGUUCACUAAUUAUUCAUUCUAAAGGGAUUAUGCGGGAGACACAACUGUCUUGGUUCUGUAUUAUGAAAUAGCCUUGUACUGUGGAAUGUUGACUCUGGAGAGUCGCCCUCAAUACUCAAAGUAUUCAUUUAAAGAAAUCCCCCGUACUCCCUAGGGGGUGUGGCUAUUAUCAGGCCGACCCAAAGGAACACAUUUUGUAUUCCAUUUCCUUUAUUUGUAUCUUGUUAAAAAAAAAAUUUGCCUGAAGACACUUCUUUUGUUUAUGAAAACAUGAAUAACAUUGCAUAAAACAGCCCCUUUCUGUCAGAAUGCUCCAAUGUAGCCUUAAUUUUGUUAAACUUAGAGACGAGUGAAGUGCUGCUGUGGCGAGAAGUGUGCCGUGUACUAUUUCUGUAUCAUUAAACGCGGUUUUUAUGGUU